AUGAUCAACAAGAAAGAAUCAACUAGAAAGGAUCAACUAGAAAGGAUCAACUAGGAAGGAUCAACUAAAAGGGAUCAAAGAUCACCUAGAAAGGAUGACCAGAAAGGAUCAACUAGAAAGGAUCAACUAGAAAGGAUCAACUAGAAGGGAUCAACUAGAAGGGAUCACAUAGAAAGGAUCAACUAG